AAUAUGAGGGAACCCGGACGCUUACCUCGGUCCUGAGCACCUUGGUCCAACUCGGGGUCUCGCGUCACCUCUUCGAGAACGCAGACGUCACCGGUGCUCUCAAUGUUGUUGCUUCGCAGUUGCGCUCUGGCAGAGGCCUGGUCGGGCUCUGUGAGUCCCACAUGAAGCCUUUUGCCGCGAAGGGUGAACUAACAAAGGAACCUUAGCUUCUGGAAUGCUACCGGACAUGGAAAGUACCGCAAAGGCUAUAUACCUCAAUCACGCUCUUGGCCAAUCCGUGUCCUUUGAUGGACUGAUAUCUCGUUUCAUGGCACCAGACGGCGACAUGAUGACAGACCUCGGAGAGCAGGACCUAAGCCUGAGUGCUAAUUGCAAUGCUAUGAUUUGCAUCCUGGACUCUCCAGAUCUGCAGGGGCAUAUCGAGGUGGUGAGAAAGAUCGCCAGCUCCUUAUGUGACCAUUGGUGGGACGAUAAAUUGAGUGACAAAUGGUACCUCUCGGACACAUAUGCCGCUAUGAUGUUAGCCCAAUCACUCACUAAAUUACUGCAACGAUGGGACUCUGGAUCUUUGGAUAAGAGUCUCGACUCUUUGGUCCAGGACCGCAUUACGGUGGUGCUCUACCAGCUCCUCAAUCGAAUGCUGUUCAAGAGUGAAUCGCUAUGCAGUCCCAGCACGCAGCCGUAUCCAGAGAGCGUGGCGUACGAAGUGUUGGCUUGCAACGCCCUCCGGUCCCUCCCGGUUCCCAAAACACUCCUCGCACAGCUUGGCUUGGUCAUACAGCGAGGGCAAGAAUACCUGACAGGUUCUCAGUCCGUUUGGAAGAGUGCCGAGUCUCAGGCGCUGUCCGAAGCCUAUUGUCUUGGAGCAUUGUACGCCAGACCGGAGCAUCCGGAGUGGAACAAACCUACGAACAAGCUAUUCCAGCCAUCUUCAAAAAUGACCUCGCAGUUAUCGAGAUUCUUCCACGCCGCCCAAGGGCAGCGCGAUCCGCUUUGGAAGUUCGAAGCGUGUAUUCUGGAAGGCAGCGCAUUCACUCCGCAACUUCGAGCUUGCCGUGGCGAGAUCUUCCCACUUCGCGAGGGCUUUAAAGACGAAUACCUGGCGUACAUCCCCGCCGCAUGGACUAUCAUCAAUAACAUGCGCGGGUUGAGAUGUCCCACAACCCUUCUAUGGGAAAUGAUGAGGAUUUCGCUCACUGACUUCCUCGUGGAUGAAUACAUGGAGUCGAGCGUCGCAUUUCUGGAUGCGCCCGAGAGAAAUGAGAUCAGAUCUUGGAUCACCACGACUCUGCUCCCAACGAUGGCUCCUGAAGCAAAUGUCUCCCGGAAACGGCCCUUUACUCCCGACACCGAUGACGAUGAUAUCGCCACGUUCAUCACCGACCCCAAGAGCUCGGAACGCGUCCAAACCGUAAAGAAGAUCCUCGCUGGAUACAUCAAGGAUGUUUUACUCCACGCCAAAGUCCGCAUAGCAUCCCAAUACGACCGUAACCAUGUCAGGCGCGAGCUGCACGACUUCCUCACCGCGCACAUGCUCCAAAUGGACGAUAACAUCAGCCUUCCCCCGCAAGACUCCAGCCUAGCUAUCCUCUCGUCCCCACGCUCUUCCUUCUACGUGUGGGCACGAACAACCGGAUCACAGCACAUCUCGUGCCCGCUGUCCUUUGCCUUCUACAGUUGCCUUCUCGCCACGGACCGCCACGACUGCUUCCCCACGCCCGAGCAGAAGUACAAAGCCAGCAGCUUCUGCGCCCAUCUCGCCGUUAUGAGCCGCCUCUUCAACGACUGGGCGAGCGUGGCGCGCGACCGCAAAGAGGGGAAUCUGAAUAGUUUGAACUUUCCUGAGUUUCAGGUCCAGCGCGCAGCGGGUGAUGCCGCGGACGGGCAUGACUCUGCAAAGGUCGAAGAGGCGAGGAAGAGCCUGUUGCGUCUGUCCGAGUACGAGAGGCAGGCGUCGCGGCAAGCUAUGGCUGAUCUUCUCGGUGAGAUGCAGGAUGGGAUGAAAUGCAGGGCUAUUGAGCUGUUCCACUACGUGACGGAGCUUUUUGCUGAUAUGUAUGUUGCGAAGGAUCUGACGAAUGCGGCGGUGAGAGCUAGUUAGGGUACUAUGCGAGUUCUUUGGUAGGCCGGUUCUUGCGUCUAAUUCUUACAUGAAUAGAAAACUUCGGCGGAGUAAUGGGAUGAAUGAAGCGAUGGUGUGUUUUCUUCCUUCUCUCUUUCGAUCCUCCUUCACACCUAACGUCCCUGUAGCGUGUCUUUCAAUUGGUUGUGAAAAUACGGGUGAGGAAUGCAGACAUGUCUGGAUGGGAUUUCACGGGGGCGGCGUAGGAUCCGAAUCUGAGGCGUGGCUGUGACAAUUUUCCAGGAGUAGAUCCCAUGGUUUCCCCCAUUAAAUCAAGUGUAA